UCCCCUCUUUUAUUUUCUAACUUAGUAGGAUUUAACACUUGGCAACGACGGGUGUGCGUCGCUCCACCAACGAAUAAACAAGUAAAUCCGCGUGUGACAACUUGCUUGUGAAUUAAUUGUGAAUCAGUGCAUUCACGAUGGGAUGUGGAACGAGUUUUGUGAAAUAUGUGCUGUUUUUCUUCAACCUGGUCGUGGCGUUGUUGGGUCUGGCCAUCAUCGGCGUGGGUGUAGCAUUCCUGCUUAACUGGAGUGCGGUGAAAGAUGAGCUCAAGGGCCACUUGACUGUUGCCCCGUGGGUGUUUAUCAUUAUUGGCGCCGUGAUGUUCGUGAUCGCCUUCUUCGGAUGUUGCGGUGCUAUUAGAGAAAGCCACUGCAUGGUCGUGACGUAUGCCAUCUUCCUGUUGGUGAUCAUAAUUUUGCAAGUUGUCCUGGCGAUUCUACUCUUCACAUACGGUAACACCAUCAAAGAUGGACUUGUUCUCAGUGUUCAGAAGCUUUGGGAAAAGCGCGCCCACGACCCAGCGUCCGAUGAGGUCUUCAAAAAUAUUGAGGAACAGUUGCAAUGCUGUGGAAAGGACGGCAGUGGCGACUACCACUCGGUCUCCCUUCCUCCAUCAUGCUGCAAGAAGGAUACAUUCAUUUCCAACACUCUCGGAUGCACGGUUACUAAUGCGGAAGUAGGCUGCACGUCCAAAGUGGCAGAAUUGUACGAGAAAUGGAACAAGCCCAUCGCUGGUUUUGCUAUAGGUGUAGCUUGCGUUGAGGUGGUUGGGGCCCUGUUUGCGCUGUGCCUCGCCAAUUCUAUAAGAAACAUGGACAGAAGGUCACGCUACUAAUAUUUUGUACAUUAAAACUGGUACGCAUAAACUGACGUCUAUGCAUCACUCGAAUGAACACUACAAACAUACAAACGAAGAUAUAUAAUUAUGUACAAUGUCUCUUUAAUACCUACCGAGUAACUCGAGAUGAUCAGAAAUACAAUUUCUGUGGUAAUACCCCACCUUUCGAUGUUAAGUUUCAAUAAUGUAAUCAAAAAUUAUCUGACUAAAUCAUUACAUAAUGUUAUUGUAUAAUAAUGUUAUAUAAUUGCUAUUGUAUACCUACUUAUAAAGCAAAAAAAUCUCAACUAAUUACAGUAAAAAAUGGCAAAAAUUUAAGAGAUAUUCACUAUAAAUUCAUGUUUAUAAAUAAUCACGUUUAUUUAUAUUGUAUAUCAAUAAAUUAGUGAUGUUUUUAAGCAUGUCUGAAACACGUGCCAAUAAGAAAAACAUCUGACAAAGAAAGUGUGCAUAUUAAUUAAUAUAAUUAAAAUAUGAAACUUGCAACAUAUGUAUAGCGUUUCGUACCAAUAUACUUACACAAAGGAUCUUUGAAACUCUACUAUUCUUGUAUUCUUAUAAUCUAUAUGUAUUUUCAUAUAAGUAUUUAAGUGUAGUUUAAAAUUUAUUGUGUAAUAUUAAUUAUAUAUUGUACAGUAAAGGUUUCUAAACUGCGUCUACGAGCAUUUAUUGGAAGGAAAUAAUUAUGCAAUUUUUGCUUCAGGGAAACCCGCAUAAAUUUUUAUUUUGCAUUUUAUUUAUAUAAAAUAAACAAAUGUUAAAUAUAUACAAAAAAAUAUACAGAGAAUAAAAAUUAAAAAAUAGUUUUUGAUAUGAAAGUAAAGAUUAAAAUUAAUUCAUUAAUUUAACCAAACAGGAUGCGUCAGUGCUGUUAUCAAUUAUUGUCUUUUUGAAAGUCUAUAUUUUGUCUCUUGGCGAAUCCUGUCUAAUGUCGUAAACACAUGGCCAAGAUACGCCGACGAGUUUACGAAUUUUUAUAUUGGUUGCUUUUUCGCAAACAAACUUCGUAAACGCGUUGUUGAAUACUUUUGAAUAAUCUAUAGCUUCUAAGAGUUCUUUAUGUUCUGUUUGGACUUUCUUUAUUAAUAAGUAGGUACCUAUAUUAUAUGCUACCUGUCCAUUUUUUAUAGAUAAGUCUAAUGUAUACGUAAAGUUUUAGUUGUUGACACCUAUGAAAUUAUGUUAUAAUCCAAUCCCCUUUUACGAGAUCUAAAAACGAAAUUGUCGAAUCGAUCAUUACGUGCCUUUUGAGCGGUGUUGCCCGUUAAUACUCCCAUCAUA